AUGAACAACAAGUUGUUUUUCCUAACAACUUUAAGUAUUUUUGUCUUUUUGUUUGAUAAAGGUUCCGCAAAGGUUCCUUUGCGGGCUAAGAGGGGAGAUGAACUUGAACCAACAAACAACGAAACUCUGCCAACAUCGACGACUGAGGAGGAAAUAUCUGCCAACAACUCAACGACUACUGAAGGAAAUGAGGAUGGAAAUGAAGAGGAAAAGGCAAACGAGGAUGAUCUAGACGAAGAAGAUUUACCACAUGUUUCGCAUUCAACGGACACAACAACAACUUCUUUGGAUGAUUAUUAUGGUGAAAAUAUGCAUGCUGAAGAGACUCCAAACGAAACUGAUAAUAAAAAUAUUACUAAAGAUAGUGAUGGUGAAAAUAAAUUCAAUGAAAGUGUUGAUUUUGAUGGAAAAAAUUGCGUCUUAGCAGAGGGGAAAGGAAUAGCUUUCAAAAUAAAAAAUGGUGAAUUAGAAUAUGCAACUAAUGGAUCGAUAAAGGUUAGAGAAACCAAAGAUAAAGAAAUUAUCAACUUUUCAAUGGUAAAUAUUGAAAAUUUGUCCACUAAAAUAUGCGGUAUCGGAAAUUAUGAGCAAUUCUCCUAUUGUGCCCGAUUAAAAUUUUUUGGUUCUAAAGGAAUUGAUAUCGUCAAAAACAGUACGUUAUUUGAAAGGAACAACCCAAAAAGUAUUUCGGAAUAUGAAAAAAAUUAUAUGCAAGAUAUGGCCCUUGUAAUGAUUGAAGGUUGUGUAAUUUGUGGAAAUUCAAGUAAUCAGACAAUUACUUUAAAAUUCAUUCAAUUACAUCCAAAGGUAAUGAAUUUUUGA